AAAAAAUUUGCUCUCCACGUCGCGAUAGAUCGUAUUCGAGGCCGCCGAUAGCUCUCGGUGCACUGAGCACAACACCUUCUCGAAAGGUGGCGGCCUGCGGCUAGCCGAGCGAUGGAUGUGCGCGAAAUUGCGAAGCGUCUGGGAUACCUCCUUUACGUCGUCAGCCCGAAUGAGACGUCGUUUGAGAAGCUCGAAGAAGUUCCUGACUACAUUGUACAGGUUGUACCUCUAUUCACGGCGUUCCUGAUCAUUGAAGUGGUAUUCAACCUCCUGCAGAAGAACAGUGACCGUUUCCAACUUGACGAUGGCCUGACAUCUAUAGGGCAAGGCAUUAUUCAAGAAUUAUCCCGACUCUUCACGGAAGGUACUCUCCUGGCCGGCUACGUCUACGUGUACAACAACUUCAGGAUUGUGACGCUGCCUUGGAAUUCCACGGGGACAUGGUUUUUCGCCAUGCUGGCCAUCGACUUCGCGUACUACUGGGUUCACCGCUGGGGUCAUGAGAUCAACCUGGCCUGGUCCGGCCAUCAGGUGCACCACAGCUCCGAGUUCUACAAUCUGACAACGGCCGUGCGUCAGUCGGCUCUGCAAGCUUACUACGAACCCGUCCUAUACCUUCCUCUGGCGCUCGCGGUGUCACCGAGCGCGUACAUGGUACAUCGACAGUUCAACCGGCUCUUCCAGUUCCUUAUACACACCGAGGUUGUGCAGACGCUGGGCCCACUGGAGCUAGUGCUGAACACACCAAGUCACCAUCGCGUGCAUCACGGUAGGGACCGCUACUGCAUCGACAAGAACUACGGUGGCACGCUGAUCAUCUGGGAUCGUCUUUUCGGCACAUUUGCGGCCGAACAAAGCCGGCCGGCGUACGGGCUGACCCAUUCAGUGAAUACGUUCGACCCAUGGACUCUUCAGAUGCAUCACUUCCUGUACAUAUGCCGGCAAUUCUGGGUCAUCGAAGGACUAGGCAACAAACUUUCCACCUUGUUCAAAGGCCCUGGAUGGCAACCUGGCAAACCGAGGCUGGGAGAUCCGAAUGACAUUCCAGACGUACGCAGACCCGUGGAAACCUACGCGCCCAAAACCACGCUGCUAUGCAAGAUAUACGUAACGGUGCACUUUGCCAUUGUAGUAAUCGGCUAUGUGAAGUUAAAACAUUGGAGCCAAGUGAUAUCGACCGGCACGCUUCUUUGCGGAAUUCUUUACAUCUUCUUAUCACUCGCUGCAAUGGGCGCAUUCUUGGACAAGAGGAAAAACGCCUUCGCACUGGAGGCGUUCAGAUGCGGCCUGAUGUUUGUCCUGGACGCCCGCCUGCUACAAUUGUCAUCGAUGGUCGACUCGGUGGCUGCCACUGCGUUCCUGAACAUCGUCAGGGCAACAUACGCAGCUUCGCUUCUGGGCUGCGUCGCCGCCAGUCUGCGAGGUGUCGUGUGGACUGUCACGCAAAAAGUUGCCUGAUAUCGACUUCUACAUGUACACGUAUGCAGAUGAAGUGUCGAAUGCUGCUACGUAUGAUUUCCUUCGUGCCUAAGUACAUUAUCGGCGGCUUGUCACCUGCUGCCCUUUUCGUGACCGCUCUGCGGAUGUUUCAUCGGCUUUCAAAAGACUUUUGCUUGAUUUGUAUUGAUGAUGACUGUACAACAGCAAAACUGUUAUAAAUGUUAAAAUGCAGCCUCCGCGAUCGCCCGCCUUGCCGCAGGCGAUCACGGACGCUACCUGAAGAUAUGGUAAGGAAGCGGUUUUUUAAAUUGUAGUCUAGUAUGCUGAGACGUCCAGUGUCUCACAAAGAAAAUAACGAAAGAAGUGAGGGAAAUACGGCACCCUUUAAUUAUUAUGUAGAUUUUGUUAUCGUAUCAAUUACUACAUUUUCUGAGCAAAACUCUUAUGUAGAUUUUGUUAUCGUAUCAAUUACUACAUUUUAUGAGCAAAACUCUUAUGUAGAUUUUGUUAUCGUAUCAAUUACUACAUUUUAUGAGCAAGAUUAUACUGCAUAUGGCGUUCCAGCCAGAAAUGUUAAUACUGUACACCGUUUUUAUAGCACCCGUCUGGCCAACAGAACAACCUCAGGAACGAUAUUUUUGGCUGCUAGUCAUUGCUUAGCUGGGAAAAGCGAGAACAUUAAACAGCAGUAUCUUGCAGAACGUUUAGCGAAAGAACGAAUUUUCGAAAUGGAACUGAAAUAUAUACAUCUUAAUGAUGCAGUGUCAUGUUAUCAUUGCCCUGUGUAUAGUUCGAGCAUGCCAUUUCUCACUUUGUGCAUUCUAGCGCUGACGCCUUAGCAGUUAUGUUAUCUGCCGAGGCCCUGCCAACUUUCUUUUUAAAGGACCAUAAUCUAGUGUGCAUAACUGCAUGGAGGUGUGAAUACCAUCUCUUUGUUGUAAAUAGUGAGGGAGAUUUUGGUCACUCUAGCUCGCAAGGCUAAUCCUUAAAGCUAGGAGUGAGCAAUAUUCGAAAGUUUUGCGUAUCCAAUCCAAUAUUGCCAUAUGCGAUUCUGUAUUGGAAUGAAAUACCUAAUCCCAUUGUAAAUUGCCAUUGUAAAUACCUAUUUUUUAAAUAGUUUUUUAAAAUAGUUGUAAAAACUAUUUUUCAAUGCUUCAGGAAUAUUUCAAAAUAUCAACGGCUACAAAAUAAAGGCAACAUCGGCGCAAAAUAACGUUAAUUUUCGUCCCCGCAGGCAUAUUAUAGAGACAACUCGUGAAAGCUUGCACGUAAUGCAGCGGACUACGUCACUCGUGGAGCCAGACUUUACCGGCGAUACGGCGACCGUUCGUACUCUCCGAAGACUUAUUUGAAUGCAGAGAUUCUUCUCAUCUGUCCCUAGUGCUCUCUACUGUGGUAUUAAUUCUAAAUGUAUAAAUACUAGAACGUGGACAUCGUUUUAUGAUGGCUGCUCAGGGCUUGAAAACUAUUCCAAAGGUAUUCAAUGUGCAGUUAGACUUGAUUCGCGUUGGCACCGUUCCAUUCUUAUUCGAUUUAGUGUCAAUACUCACUGUUCCCACACACGCUACUUAAAGCUUAAUCCAACUUUUUGAGUGCCACCGCGAUUUGAGCUUCAAGUUUCUGCAUGCCUCUGCAAAUUAAAUAAAAGAGAUUGCUUUCUGAAUGCGUCGAGUCAAAUUUAUAAGAUCUUUAAUACGUGGAGAUAUUUGCCACUUUUAAAGAUUACACCAUUCAAUCCUCACAGAAAAAGGAUUACAGUUUUUCUUUCUCUUUUUUUUUUCGUGACGUGUAACGUUGGAGGAAUCUUUUAACAGGAUAUGCCUGCGUAUUGUCCCUUUUGCUUUUAAGAAUUAUAAAUGUUCUGAAUGCUGUCAAAGUUUUUAUUUCUGUUACUUUGCUGAUCAACAACCGUUGCCUUAAGCAUUCGUUUAACUCAGCAUAUAUUGUUAUGAAUGAAUAAAGUAAGCAAGCAUUCCCUUUUGAUACUUCGUGUCGAACAAAUAUCUUGUUUCAAAUACCUUCCAACCUAUCAAGAAUAAAGACUAUACUGUGCAACGUAUGCCAGCUCAAUAAAAGUUCAAACACUAAAAAAAACACACACAAUUU